GGCUAUGAACCGGGACAGAGCUGACAAGACAGGUCAUAAUUAGAAACCCGGCUAUAAUUGGAGACCGCCCACAAUUAGAAUAAGGCUAUAAAUAGAGGUUCUACGGUACGAACAUAUGUAUGUACUUAUGCUCAUCCACAUUUUUUCACCCACAUUUCAUCUCAUCCACAUUCAUGUCCCUGCUUAUGUUGGCGUAGGCUCAACGUUUAAUUUACUCCACUUAUAGCUGCAUUAUAAGUUGCAAAUAUUUGUAAUUUAACCUAUGUAUGUAGUUCUAAUUACAAUUUGAGACCUCAACCUCCGGCAUUGCCAAACCUGAGUGUACAGAGGACAUACCACGGGCUUUGCUCCAAUUACAUACUUGAUUAACUAAUGGAUUUAACCACCUUCGUAUUUUCCGGGCUACCCGUGAUAAUUCAACAUUAUGCAGAUUUCUACAAACAACGCGAUUUGGACGCCACGCUAAAAGAACUAGAAUCCCAACAAGGCCUACCUAAAAUUGAGGAAUAUGACUUUAUUGUGGUUGGCGCCGGAACGGCGGGAAGCAUUGUGGCGGGCAAAUUAUCCAAUAGGUUCAGCGUCCUUUUACUUGAAAUGGGGGGCGACACACCCCCACCCAUUUAUCCGGCGUAUAUCGGCUCCAUCAAGUCUUACGAUAUAAGAACACAUCCUGCAAUCAACGAAAUUUAUAACUCAAUACCUCAAUUAACGUCAGCGUUGGAUGAUAAUGGGAUUGCCACAGUCCACGCGGGUCGAAUGCUGGGUGGUUCAGGUUCCCACAAUGCCAACGUGUACAACCGGGGUUCUCCGUUGGACUUCGACAAUUGGGCGAAACUGCUCGGUGACCAGAGUUGGGAUUAUAAAAACAUGCUGAAGCACUUCAAAGAUUCGGAAAAUUUUGUGGGGCCACUGGUCAACGAGGGGCAACGCUACGAAUACUACGGACAACGUGGACCCUUCAGGGUGGGUGUGGACGUUCCCGACUUUUUGGAAAAUUGGAGCAAGGCUGCGAAAGAACUGGGAUUUAACUUUAGCGAUGCAAAUGCCUACCAAACACCUUCAUUUACUGCUCAAUCGGUUUCCCUUCGCAAUGGAUUAAAGGAGACCACUUACGACGCGUUUAUUAAAAGGAAGCUUAUUUUGAAACCCACAAUUCACAGAUACUCGCAAGUGGAAAAGAUUUUAAUUGAUGACAACAACACCGCUUAUGGAAUCGCUUAUACUCGUCACGGAAUACCGCAAAUUGCUCAUGCCAAGAGGGAAGUUAUCGUUUCCGCGGGGACAUUUGGGUCCCCCCUCCUUCUAAUUAAGUCUGGAAUCGGACCAGCAGAUGUCCUUCAGGCUGCUAAAAUUCCAGUUAAGAAAGAUAUGCCCGGCGUCGGCCAGAAUUUGUGGGAUCAUGUCAUGCUUAUCAUCCCCUUCCACAGGAAUGACCCCACCUAUCGCGACCCCAAUUUCGAAGAGGAGCUCAAAAAAUUCCAAAAUAAUACUAACAAUCGCCAAGGCAUUUUCGCACAUCACCAUAGAACGCAAGGCUUUGUGGUUUCCUCGUGGGCCAAAUCGGACGGCGAGGAAGACUGGGCAGACCUUCAAGUUCAGCUUAUUGACCAACCCUUCAUCAAAGAAAAUCCAGACACCGUUCUUUGGGAGACUACUUUAUCGCGCCCAAAAAGCGUGGGGGAAUUCCUCUUCAACACGACCGCCUAUCUCGCGGGGGAAACUGCGAAUGGAAAAUUGGGGAACAGCAACUUUAAAUAUUUUAGUGAUCCGACCGAUGUGGACGCCAAUAUUGAAGCUAUUGACCUUGGCCUAAAGGUUAUGGAGGGGACGGAAGCAUUCAAAUCUGGCGGGUACAAGUUGGACGAGUCUCAUAUUCCCCAGGCUUGUCGGGGACUGCCCAGUAGGUCGGCGGAAAUGUGGAAGUGUGUCCUUCAAAGGUUGGGGACAACGCAGUGGCAUUGGUGUGGGACUUGUAAGAUGGGGAAGGACAGUGAUCCUAUGGCUGUGGUUAAUUCGAAAAUGCAGGUACUCGGGAUUACAAAUUUGCGAGUUAUUGAUGCGAGUGUGAUGCCAAAGAUUACAAACUCUAAUAUAAACGCGCCCACGAUGGCGGUUGCGCAGAAAGGGGUGGCAGAAAUAUUGCGGAGGCAUCACGUAAAGGAAGGUGUGACGGAGGAGGAGGAGUAAAUACAUACGAAUUUUUACUCUCCCUUGUCGAAGUUCAUAAAAUUUUCAUGUAUAUAAAUAUGUAAUGUUUACAUCGUUAAAAUUGGUUAACAAUUGUUGAGUACAUAUUUAUUUAAAUCAAAAACUUGUGAAUUUAAUAAAAUUUAAAUUUAUUUAGUAUCA